AUGAAGACUCUAGAUAAAUUGCAAACGUCAGAAUGGAAAAGGCCAGAGGAAGUGAUGCAGUUACACCGUUUAAAAAUUAAAAAACGUGCACUUCAAGCACGUAUGAGUAAUACACACAUUACAAGAGGAGAUUUGAAAUUGAGAGCUACAGAAAAAUCUGACAAAUGUAAUUACAAUACCAGUGAGUGUGUGGGUCAGAAGCGCAAAAACCCUUUUGUAAGAGAUGAAACAAAUAAAAAACCAAAUAUAACAGCUUCAGACUUAGAAGCUAGUAAUGAUACAUUAUUUGAAUUAUUAAAAAUUGAGUCUCCAAAAGUAGAUAAAGCAGAAAAUACUAUAAUUGACUGUCCUUUGACAUUCAGAAAUGCACUGUCAAAAUUGGAAGUAAAUAAGAAUAUUUCAGAACCAGAAAUAGUAAAAGGAGAAAAAUAUAUUCCUGUAGAUUGGACUUUAAAAACUAAAAUGAGAUUUAUGUCUCUGAAACCAUUUCCAUGGAAUUGUAAACUAAAAACUAGUGAAGAAGCAUCAGGUAUAUCUGGUUUUGUAAGAUGUCUAAAUAUUGGUGAACAAGAUUCGACCUUAGAUACUAGUCCAAAUGCAAGAUUACAUAGAUGUUGCUUAGUAUGGCAACACCCCUCGAUUCCAUGGCUGGAGUUAUUUCCUCGCUCUGCUGGCAAAGUGAGUGCAAAUUUAGCAAGUAAUUCGACAAUAGUAAACAACACGUACAUUAAAGAAGCUUUAUACAAAGAUUGGAGUGAAAGCUUUAGGUCGCUUUUUCAUUUACUGCGAGCACGACAAUGUCCAUACUUUUACGUUUGUGCAAAUAAUUUUACCGUGUUAUUUCGUGCUGCUGGAAUUUCUGGAAUUUCAGAAGCUCAUGCACUUUUAACACCUACAACACGUGGUUUUCGACAAUUUUUGAAACAAGAAGAAAUUGAAUAUACAAUGCCAUUAAGAAAAGAUUUUAAACGGCGGUCAAAUCUAAGUGAUUCAGGUUGUGAAACAUUGGAUACAGCUACAUCAAAUACUACAUUAGUGAACCAUAUAGAAGAUCAAAAUCUUGAUGACGAAGAUGAAACACAAGAUGAGUGGUUACAAAGUUUAGGAGUUGAGAAUUCUGAAAUUCGUAAAAUUAAUAGUUCUCAGGCAAGAAUGACAUUAGAGAAAGAAACUGAAAUAGACAAUAUGAAACAAUCGCUUAUUCUUGUGAAAGGUGUUGAAGCACAAGCUUUAUUUAAUUUUCUAAUUAAUUGUAAAUCUGCUAUUACUACAACCGGUCCUUUAGCGGGAAUACCCCCAACUCUUUUAGCACCAGUAGCUUUCCAUGGUGCAACGUUGAAACCAAUUAAGGUUAAAGAAAGCACAGUUCGCGUUGACAAUGAAAGAUAUUUUUCUUUGGAAUUAAGAGGACCUCUUUUACCACAUGUAUUACCCUCCCUCUGUUCUUUAAUGAAAUCUAGCCAGUUGGAACAAUAUUCUGCAAGUUGUGCACGAUUAGAUUCAACAACUUCCUUUUCAGCAGUAAAACAAGUGUUUGAACAAGAGGAAUCGAUAAAUACGUCAAAAAUUCCACAAAAUGUUUUCGGCAAAGAAAACUUGAGCGAUUGUGGAUUUAACGACGAAUUGUUAAAAUAUUUUUGUAGUCCUGAUCCAACGCAUAUUCAAAUUAUAGAAAAUAUUAAAUUUUCAAACAAUUUUUAUACAUGGACUUGA